AUGAUGGCGAAGGCGACGAACGUCGAAGCCUCUCCUCCUCUCAUCCACAUUCGCGUCGUCGUCCUUGGUCGAAGACAAGUCGGCAAAACCGUUCUCGUUGAAAACCGUCGGUUCCGAUCGGGGUUCCGGCCUGCUGCUUUUCCUCUGGGCAUCUACUCCAAAGAUGGAAGGCCUUCUUUUAGGCUCUCGAAGAGACUCUAUCCCGACGCUCGAAGCAUAGCCGAGAGGAUACCUCAACGACCUCAACGACCCCUUCUUUCGACGUCUCCAGAAGCGGUUCUGCAGGAAGUCUCUUCUCAAAGAGACUUCUUCAUGCAACAGCUCAUCUAUCUGCAUGUGUCGGUGAAUCGGGGCGAAGCAUUCGGCAACGUCUGCGGGAGUGCCGCCAUCACGGUGCGCUACCUGACGAAACGCUUCAUCGGUGAAUACAAGUCCUUUACUGAUCUCCUGUAUAGACAAGCGGUGUGUUUGGACGACACUUGGACCCAAGUGGAAAUCCUUGACACCUCUACUAACCAGGUCAGUCUCAAGACCGCCUUCUUUCCGGGAAAAGAAAUCGGGUCUGGGGAGCGAAAGAAUGUUUGGGAAUCGUCCAAGAAGGACAUUCGGAGUUUCCCGUGGCAUCACGUGCGAUGGGCGGAUGCUUGCGUGGUGGUGUAUUCCAUCGAGUCCCUGCAGAGUUUUCACGAGGCCAUCGACAUCAUCGAGAAGAUCAAAGUGUGCAAAGGGAGCUCGAAGGGAAGACCCCUCAUGCUUCUCGCCAACAAAAAGGAUCUCGAGCAUCUCCGACAGGUGCCGGCGAGAGACGGGGAGCUGGCAAGUCUUCACUAUGGGUGUCGGUUUUCCGAGGUGUCGGCGGCAGAGGAAGUGUGGGAAGCAAGGACGGCCUACGAAGCCAUCAUUCGAGAUGCCAAGAGCUGGAAAUUCAAUGAAAAUCUGCCAAGUCGGCCGCGAAAGCUGUCCAUGAUGUCCGUGUCUCGAAUGUUGAACAAUAUGUUGAAAAAGACGUCUUUCCCCCCGUUAAUAACCCGGAAGGCGGAAGUGGUCCCAGUCCCGGAUCCCGAGGAUCGUCCUCCACACCCCAAGGCCUUACUUCAACAUCAAAAUCAACAACAAAGGACCCGAAAGAAGGGUCUGGUGGGACAUAGACCCAUGACGCUGACUGCAAGUGACCCAGUGAAUGAACUGCCAUUCCACAGUCCCUCCUGA